GUCGCUCUGCCCUCUUCUGACGUCACAUGCAAGAUGGCGGCCCUCAGUGUGGAAAUGGCAUGUCGAGCUGUGUUAAGUCAGGGGGUUCGUGGGGUUUGGCGAAUCCCGCGAGUGGUAGAAAAAAGGUAUCACAGAUGUCCAAUUUCAUCCUGCCAACGGAGACUCCUAACACCUGGUACACACCGGCUGCUUGUCCUAACCAAUGUUCGCUACCAAAGCACAGUAACUGAGGCUACCAGUCAGGUUCCGGUUCCUUCUGAAGCCCAAUUACCCCUUUCACCUAUACCAGAAGCAGCUCUACCAUUACCUCUCACAGAUGUUGCCCCCACAGUCUCUGAGACUUUGGGGCAGGUGGAGCAAAGUUUGUCAGAACUAGGCCUUGCAGCCAGUACCCCUGUUGGGAUGGUACAGAAUUUACUAGAGUUCCUACAUGUUGGUGUUGGGCUGCCUUGGUGGGGAGCAAUAGUGGCAGGCACUGUGUUUGCACGUGUUAUGGUUUUUCCGUUGAUUGUCAAAGGUCAGAGAGAAGCUGCCAAACUUAAUAACCACAUGCCUCAGAUCAACGCAAUUACAACUCGAAUGAAUGAAGCCAAGCAAACGGGAAACAAGUUUGAAUUUUCAAGAGCAUACUCUGAUCUCACUCUGUAUCAGAAAAAGCAUGACGUCAAUCCUCUCCGGGGUUUUCUGGUGCCCCUUAUACAGGCACCAGUGUUCAUCUCGUUUUUUAUGGCUCUGCGGCAAAUGUCAUAUCUUCCAGUUCCCAGCAUGCAAAACGGGGGGCUUUGGUGGUUCGCAGACUUGACUGCAGCGGAUCCUUACUACAUUCUCCCCAUCACAGUUACAUGUACCAUGUGGGCUGUGUUAGAGUUGGGGGCAGAGUCUGGUGUGGAUAACCCUAACCUGAAAAUUAUGAAGACUGUUUUUCGUGUUAUGCCACUCAUCAUUUUACCCCUUACCAUCAACUUUCCAGUUGCUGUGUUCACUUAUUGGGUGACAUCAAACAUUUUCUCUCUGGCCCAAGUUAGCUUUCUAAAGAUCCCAUAUGUACGAAACAAACUACAGAUACCUGAAAGGAUCAAGCAUGACCCGUCUCUACUUCCCCAACAGGAUGGAUUCCUAAAGAGCUUGAAAGCAGGUUGGAAGAAUGCACAGGUGGCUCAGCAGCUUGAAGAGAGAGAGCGAAGGAUUAAGAAUCACUUAGACAUUGCAGCAAAGGGGCCACUCAGACAGACCUUCGCCCAGAACCCUUUACAGCAGAGAGAAAACACACCUGUGUCUCCACAAAAACCCAAAUCUAAGCCUUGGCAAGAUACCAUUGGAUGACAAAAUACUGACUACUUGUUUCUCGUUUAAAAACCAUGGACUAAAAAACUGUCAGUAAGACUUUGGACACAGUUGGACCUUAAGGGCAAAGAACAAUUUUAGCCCUUGUGACCCGAUGAAUGAAUAAAUGGUGGAACUUGUGUGUGUGUGACAAUUCUGUGAUUAUUAAAAAUUUAACAUUAAAUUGGGGUUGUUUGAAGAAAAA